UCUGAGCACGCCUUAAAGACUACGGCCUGUGAUCUCGAGACAAGAACAAACUUCGCGAUGCCGCAAUAAUAGCAAGUCCUUUCAAACCGGUGCACCAGUCCCACGAGAAAUCAGACAUUGGCAGGCAGAAUGUUGGACGGAUUGUUAAUGUUGCUCCUACUGAGCGUUAUCAUGGGAGGCGCAUCGUUCCUCGCCGGUAUAGUGCCGUUGACACUGUCGCUCUCCUCGAAGAAGUUGCGCCUCAUUACGGCACUGGGCACCGGCAUUCUGGUUGGAACUUCUCUGAUUGUCAUCAUCCCAGAGGGCGUGGAAACACUCUACAAGUCGAGCGAGGCUUCGCAUGAGCAUAACAGGCGAACGGUGUACCUCCGGUCCGGGUCAAUGUCCGACGCCGCAAAUGGCGAUGUUCCGCACCCAGCGGCAAUUUCCAGCACACUCACUCCGAUCGAUCCGAGUAGCGGCCAUCUCUCAACUCACUCGCGCUCCGCUGCUUCAGCUGGGGAUCUUCAAGCUGGGCAAGCAGGUCAAGAUGCAUAUCGCGAGCCUCAUGCGUGGGUUGGCGUCUCACUGAUCCUCGGCUUCAUCUUGAUGUAUCUGAUCGACACCCUUCCUCAGUCCGCAUCUGCAUCAUCGCAACCACAAAGCUUUCCUGUCAGCUUGAAUCAAUUCAGCUUCAAUCUGACGUCCGGAGCGAGCCAGCAUCCGACAACUCCGCCCGCAGAAAUAUCUCAAUCACAAGCAACAGCAUCACGACAUAUCGAUGGAUCCAGACCGAGCUCCACCACGAUUGGAUUAGUGAUUCACGCAGCGGCCGAUGGCAUUGCGCUGGGCGCGUCCUCUACCAGCUCCAGCAAGAAACUCAGUCUCAUCAUCUUCCUCGCUUUGAUGGUCCACAAAGCUCCGGCAGCAUUCGGACUUACCUCCGUACUACUCAAACAAGGCUUGUCCGUUAGGACAGCCAGAUUGCACCUGACCAUAUUCUCGCUUGCCGCUCCCGUCGGCGCACUCCUCACCUGGUUGGCGGUCCGCCUUCUGGGCGCCACCAACAGCGGUCUCGGAAACAGCGCGAGCAGCGAAUUCGCUACAGGCGUGCUCCUUUUGUUCUCAGGCGGUACGUUCCUCUACGUCGCUAUGCACACAAUGCAGGCUGCUGGAGCCACUGAGCACGCGCAUGGGCAGGGCCACGACAUGAGCGACUACGCCGGCGUACCCAUGGACGAUCCGUACAGCUCGCAUGCACCGCCAGCCACACGACCGCAUGGAUCUGUACUAUUGGACACUGUAGUAACAGUUGGUGGAAUGCUCUUGCCUCUGUUGACACAGGUGGGCCACGCGCACUGA